UUUAGCUGAGAGCUUGGAAAUCCGAGGCUGCGUGAAGACCUUGAAGGCAUCUGGAGCGUCGGCCCCCACCCGAGGCGAACGGGGCCACAUCCACCAGAGCCGCAGCUCUCGGAGCUUUUCAUCUGAGCCCGGUUCCGUCCGAACCGGGGGAGCGAUGCGACGUCCCGGAGGAGAGAGCAGCGCAGACCGAGCGGCCAGGCAGCAGCGCGCAUUGCGAGGAGCAUCUGACUGAGUUCCCGGCAAACAAAGGUUUUCUUCGGGCUCCACUAUGACUGAUGGGGAUUAUGACUACCUGAUCAAGCUGCUGGCGCUGGGCGACUCCGGCGUGGGGAAGACCACCUUCCUCUACCGCUACACCGACAACAAGUUCAACCCCAAGUUCAUCACCACUGUGGGCAUCGACUUCAGGGAAAAGCGAGUGGUUUACACGGCUUCAAACCCGAAUGGAACGACAACCGGAAAAACCUUCAAGGUUCACCUGCAGCUCUGGGACACAGCGGGACAGGAGAGGUUCCGCAGCCUGACCACGGCGUUCUUCAGGGACGCCAUGGGCUUCCUGCUGAUGUUCGACCUCACCAGCCAGCAGAGCUUCCUCAACGUCCGCAACUGGAUGAGCCAGCUGCAGGCCAACGCGUACUGCGAGAACCCGGACAUCGUUCUGGUCGGGAACAAGGCGGACCUGGCCGACCAGCGGGAAGUUCAGGAGAAACAGGCCAAGGAGCUGGCCGACAAAUACGGGAUCCCGUACUUUGAGACGAGCGCAGCCACCGGAGCGGAGGUGGACAAGGCGGUGAUCACGCUGCUGGACCUGGUGAUGAAGAGGAUGGAGCAGUGCGUGGACAAACCGCCGGUCGACCCCGCCAACGGGAACGGCGCCGCCAAGCUGGGCGAGGGAACGCCCGACCCCAAAAGAUGCGCAUGUUAGACCCGGAGACGCUGCUCCGUCCUCCGUCCCCCGCCGUUUCCUCCCCGUCUGUCCUCAGCAUGUUACUGUCAUCUUUCAAUCAUUCCUGUGUGCAGCUCUGACAAUAAACGCGCUGCAGCUCCCUCUAGUGGACACCCAGGGCAUCGCAGCCUCCGCCUGUCAGCCUUGAGAAUAAAUUGAACCAGGAGGGGGCGCCGUCAUCGCUGUCAGACGCAAAAUGUGCCUCGCUGAAAACCUGCAGCCUGGGAAUUAAACUCUGCACGCUUCCUGCUUCACCAUUGAUCAGAAUCUGAAAUCCAAUUCAUGGCGUCACAGCAGGAAAAGGUGGAACUUUGAGUCAAAUCUGGGCUGAACGAGUUUAAUGCCAGGCUGUGUGAAUGAAGCAUUUGAUCCUGGACCCACACUGAGGAUCAGUG